AUGGCUGAAGCUGAUCCUGUACCUUCAGGACUGAGUUGGAUUGCAGACUCGACCUCCUACCAGCACCCACCAUGUAUGUUUCUCUUAUGGUAUCUAACCCUAGGAGUGACGAAAGCUUACGAGAUCAUUAUUGCGCUGCUCGGUGGGGGGGGUGGUGCAGCAGAAGGUUCUGGUGGCGGAGGCGCAGCAGGUUCUGGUGGCGCAGGUGAGAGUGGCUCAAAAACAUCUGCUGCGGGAGGCGGCGGCGCAGGUGCGGGUGGCUCAAAAACAUCUGUAGCAGGAAGCGGCGGCGCAGCAGGUUCUGGUGGCGCAGGUGCGAGUGGCUCAAAAACAUCUGCGGCAGGAGGCGGCAGCGCAGCAGGUUCUGGUGGCGCAAGUGCGAGUGGCUCAAAAACAGCUGUUGACGGAGGCGACGGCGCCGAUGGGGGUGACUCAGCCACACCUCCUGCAGGAACUGAAGAACCAACUGAAUGA